AUGUCUACAGAGACCUUCACAAACAUUGACGAGAAGUUGACCGACCUGGACUCCAGUCAACCCUUGCCGUAUUGGCUGGUCAAUGUGCCACGAGAUCGAUGGCCAGCUUCAUGCCCAGAGUUUCUGAAGGAUCUGGCAGACAAAAACAUAGCUAUACUGUCCACCUCGGAUUCGGAAUUUACUCGGACCAGCUGGUCUGAGGCCAAGGAACUAGUCAGAACAAAUAAUAUUGGAAAGUUUCAACGUGUUCCGUCGGACCUGAGGAAGUACUUGGAAUAUAUGUACUACAUCAAGCAAAAAUAUGGCUCUGUUAUGAAGUUUGUUCUUGCCGAAAGGCUGCAUUGGGACCAAGAGACUACAGAGGACUUGAAACCACGGGGGCAAGCUUUUGAACAUGAGGCCGAUCUGAAAGUUUUGUAUAAUGAUUGGCCCUAUGGGCUUGACCCGGAUAUUGUGCAUCUGGUGAUCUGGACCAAGUUUGAAUUGGAUGAAGACCCUGCUACUGGAAAUCUGACAGAGCCAAUGUGGAACAAGAUCGAUAGUUACGUGCAAAAGACUUUUCGCUCUCAUCUUCCCGCUGACCGAGUGAUCUGGUUCAAGAACUGGAAGUCUCUCAAGUCUAUUCAUGCAAUUGAGCAUUUCCACGUCAUGUUGUACCAGCCAGACUUGGAGUUCAUCAAAGACACCACCCACGGAGACGUUCCGCUUGUCGAAACAAUUUCCCAGAGAGAACCAUAA